AUGGAGCGCGUGCAGGUCGGGAUGCACGUCGAGAUCAAGCGCUCCGAUGGCCGGGUCCAUUCGGCCAUUGUCGCCGAGACGCGCCCCGCAAAGGGCGCGGUCUUGGUGGAAUGGUACGAACAAGGCGAGACGAAGGGCAAAGAAGUCUUCCUCAAGGAGCUGUACGCCGUCAACCCGAUGCUCGUCCCGAAGAACAACAGCGAGGAGACGCAGAACAAGCCGCCACCCGCCCUCGAUAGGACCGCCUUGGUCGUCGAUGAUGACGAUCUCUUAUGGUUGCCGAAAAAGACGGCCCCGACCACCGAGCCACCAACACGCCGUACGAUCGCCGUACCCAAACCGUCAAUAGUUCCUCCAAAGCAAAUUCGUACAUCCAUGGCGCAGGGGCUGAAGCAACCGAAGGAGAUCCCGAAGACACUGCCGCUUGUCAGGGAAUCUAAGAAGGAGCGCGAGUCUUUCAUGGUAGAGACGCCGUCUCGCGAACCCGAGACGGUGCGAAAGGAACCGUCCAAGAGCGAAGCUGCCGCACGUGAAGUCGAAAAGAUCAAGAAAGAACGCGAGGAGCGGAGGGCCCAACAAGAAAUCGUACGCAAGACACGCGACCAGGAGAAGGCUCUCGAUCCCGGCAAUCCGAACUACCAGUUUGCUGGGAUGAUCCGGGAAUAUCAGUCGAAUAUCGACUUUCGUCCCCUGCGCCCUACAGAUGCAGUCAGCGACAACAGGAUCUCAGUCUGCGUGCGGAAGCGCCCAAUGAGCACAAAGGAGUUGACGAAGAAAGAUAUCGAGGUCGUCACCAUUCCGAACCAGGACCAUGUGAUCGUUCAUCAGCCGCAAGUCAAAGUCGACCUAACCAAGUACCUCGACAACCAGAAGUUUCGUUUUGACUACGCUUUUGACGAGAACGUGGAUAACCCAGUGGUUUACAGAUUUACCGCGCAGCCCCUCGUCCGUUCAAUCUUCGAACAAUCCUUCUCGACGUGCUUUGCAUAUGGCCAGACCGGCUCAGGAAAAACUCACACGAUGGGCGGCGACUUCUCAGGCAAACAACAAGACUGGUCCAAGGGAAUUUAUUCCCUGGCUGCUAACGACGUCUUUCGUCUACAGAGGGGUGAAUUCCGUUCGCUGGGCCUAGAAGUUGGCUGCUCGUUCUUCGAGAUAUACGGCGGCAAGGUAUUCGACUUGCUGAAGAACAAGAACCUGCUACGGGUCCUGGAGGAUGGGAAGAAGGAGGUUCAAGUAGUCGGGUUGAAAGAAGAAAGCGUUACCUCUGACCAACAAGUUUUGGACCUCAUCAAGCGAGGCUCUGAUAUGCGCACAGCCGGCGCCACUUCAGCCAACACCAAUUCCAGCCGAUCGCACGCCAUCUUCCAGAUUAUUCUGCGGAGGGCCGGAAAAGUCUGGGGGAAAUUCUCCCUGAUCGACCUGGCGGGCAACGAACGAGGGCAGGACACCGGAACGUCGGAUCGCCAGACGCGAAUGGAAGGCGCGGAAAUCAACAAGAGCUUGCUGGCGCUCAAGGAAUGUAUUCGUGCAAUGGGGCGCAACUCUUCCCACGUGCCCUUCCGCCAAUCGAAGCUCACGAUGGUGCUUCGGGAUUCGUUCGUCGGCGACAAAUCACGAACGUGCAUGAUUGCCAUGAUCAGCCCAACCAUGGGAUCAUGCGAACACACGCUGAACACGCUACGAUAUGCAGACCGCGUGAAAGAAUUGGGUUGCGAGGACGGGGAGAACUUGUCCCCAAUGCAAGACGAAGACUUUAUGACGGCGAAUCCGGAGGCGGUCGUCGAAGAAGUAUUACGAAUGCAGUUCAAGACCGGAAAGAACAACAACUCGAUCGUCAUGGAGAAAAUCCUCGCAGCCAUGGUGCAAUGCGAGGAGAAGUGCAUCAACGACAUGCAAACAGCGCGCGAGAACCAUAAAGACGAAGCCAAAGCCCUCAACAAGUUGAUGCACGCCGUCGAAGAUCCGGACUACGACGUGGAAGCAACAUGCAAGAGCUUGAUUGGGCAACUCGAACAAGAAUUGGCCGACCGCCGGAACAUGCUCGAUAAUGCGCAGAAGUGGCACAAGGUCAUUCGACAAGAAGCCGAAGCCGCAUCCAGCAAG